AUGACGAGCAAAGAAGAACCUCGUGAUAAUAAUUCAUUAUCAUCUUCAUCAACAGCAACAAGACUAAAAUAUACUAUAAAAGAAAGAGCUUGUAAAACAGUUUCAAAACCACUCGUACAUCGUCUUGAUAUUGAAGAUUUAUUUUCUAAUCCAUCGAAUUUCAAUGAUAAACCUAAUUUAGACGUACUUAAACAACAUAUUUUACUCGAAGGUCGUCUUACUGAACAAGCUGCACUUCGAAUUAUCGAAACCGGUACUGAUUUUCUACGUGAAGAGCCAACACUAUUAAAUAUCGAUGCACCAUUAACUAUUUGUGGUGAUGUUCAUGGGCAAUUUUACGAUUUAAUGAAAUUAUUUGACGUUGGUGGUUCUCCAUCUAAUACACGUUAUUUAUUUCUUGGUGAUUAUGUUGAUCGAGGCUAUUUUGGAAUAGAAUGUGUACUUUAUUUAUGGUCACUGAAAAUUCAUUAUCCUCAAACGUUCUUUUUACUCAGAGGAAAUCAUGAAUGUCGACAUUUAACGGAUCACUUUACCUUCAAACAGGAAUGUCUUGUCAAAUAUACAGAAAAAAUUUAUGAUAGUUGUAUGGAAGCGUUUGACUGUCUUCCAUUAGCUGCUGUUAUGAAUAAUCAAUUUUUAUGUGUGCAUGCUGGUCUUUCACCAGAAAUUCAUACUUUAGAUGAUAUUCAACAGUUGGAUCGAUUUCGUGAACCACCAGCCUACGGUGCAAUGUGUGAUCUACUAUGGUCCGAUCCAGUUGCAGAUUUUGGAAAUGAAGACGGAUCAUCAAAAUUAGCCGCAACUUCUCGUACAAGUGCACCAGUAAAAUCAUCAGAAUCAUUAUACCUUCCUAAUGCAGCACGUGGUUGUUCUUAUUUUUAUACUUAUGCUGCUAUUAAUGAAUUUUUAGUACGUAAUAAGAUACGUUCAAUAAUACGUGGUCAUGAAGCACAAGAUACUGGUUAUCGUAUGUAUAAAAUAUCACCUGAUACUGGUUAUCCGGCAUUAAUAACGUUAUUCUCAGCACCUAAUUACUGUGAUGCAUAUCAAAAUAAAGCAGCUAUUAUGAAAUAUGAAAAUAAUAUUGUUAAAAUUAAACAAUUUAAUUGUUCAUCACAUCCAUAUUGCUUACCAAAUUUUAUGGAUGUAUUUACAUGGUCAUUACCAUUUAUUUAUGAAAAAAUCAAUGAUAUUCUUUUAAAAAUGCUUAAUAUAUGUUCAGAUGAAGAAUUAGCUGAAUAUGAUGAAAAUUUUUAUUCGUUAAUUGAAAAUAAUCAAGUGGACCAACGUAAAGAACAAAUACGUUCAAAAAUACGUGCUGUUGGUAAAGUUGCAAAAGCCUAUAAAAGAUUACGUGAAUUAAAUGAAAAUGCCCUUACAUUACAUGGUUUAACACCAUCAAAUAGUAUGACAGAAUUAGAUAAAGUGAAAACAGCCGAAGUUGAAGUUGCAGCUUCAAUUCUUCGUGAAAAAGCAGCAUCAACAGAGGAACGUUUUUCAAAAGUAAAAGUACUCGAUCAAGUUAAUGAACGUAUGCCAUCACCUAGAACAAUAAUUCCAUCAGGUGAUCCAGGUAUUGCUGAACGUAUUUGA